AUGGGAUUUGAACUUGAACUUCACCUUGAAGCUCUGGGCACCCAGCUCAGGGACCGUGUAGCGAGGAAGAAGAGAGAGCCUCCUUCCUUCCCUUUACGGUCUCUGCCCGCUCUCUCCUCCCACUACUCCAGGACAUACGUCAUCCCUGCCCUUCCUUCACUUUCCUUUCUGCUCACAAGACUCACUGGAUCUAUCUGUUUAAGUAUCUUUGUGUCUCUGGCUUUCUGCAAGGUUGGAGAUUGACCCCUCAAUGCCCACAGAGAAAAGGGACUAAGUCAGGAGCCCCAGGGCAGAAGCCUGGGUCUCCAAGAAAAGAUGAACCAGGAGGAAGGAAACACUCCAAAAGAAGAUAGCCCUAGGCAGAGUCAUAAGGCAGAGUCAUCUCCAGGACUGACGGCAGCUGCCUUAGAACAGAGCCAGGAGCUGGCAAAGUUGGGUACCAGCUUUGCUCAAAAUGGUUUCUACCACAAGGCCAUGGUCCUGUUCACCUGAGUCUUGAACCUCAACCCCCAGGACCACUACUAUCAGGGCAAGCAGGACCAGCGAAGAGGAAUCCCUGGGCUGCCUCCGUCAACCGAAUUCCUCCAUCCAUUUUUCCAUGUUGAGCUGGGGCCUUUAAGUUGCCCUGAAAGUACUGUCCCAAGGGCCCGUGGCCUUCUGUCUCCACCCUUGCAUUAUCCCCAACCUGAGCCACUCUGGUCCCUCCCCCGGACUCAGAGCAGAAGACCCAGUCCUCUCCACCUCCAGGACUCCUCAAAGGGCUGGGGCAUCCUGGAACUUGGGCCCCAGCAUUCACCUCACACCAGAUGAAGGAGCACCUGUCCCUAAUAGGCAGGGCCAAGUGUGCAUCCCACAGGGAUAAAGGACAUGGCGUAGUAGCAGUUCACUGCACAUUUUGAGACCUGAACUCUAAAACCACGGUUGGGAACAUCCCUGGCAGUCAUACCUCUUCACACAGAGACCCUCUGAUGAGAGAAAGGAGCCCUGCAUCCACUGAAAUAGCCUUUCUUUGGUUCUUAAGCAGAUGGCUUCUUCUGGGAGCAGUAAGGAAGAAUAAAAUCCCCCAAGGCUCAAAAAGGGAUCUGUACAAAAAUUCAGAUUUUCAGACUAUAACAGACCUGUCUGUAGGGGCAUCUGAAGCUUGCUCUUGGUCUUGGGGAACUCACCAGCCAGAGCUCUGUGCUCAGGAAGGGGGUCACAGUAAUGAAUAAGGCCUAAGUCUUGAUCUUCAGCUUGAUGGAUGCUCACUUCUUCCUAAUCCCAGUUCUCACCAUGUUUUCUCAAGCCUCAGUUCUCAUGCCUUGUUUCCUGUCCACACUUCUAUGCAUAUUCUGACCUCUCCUUUGUCCAGUGGUUCUGAUGCUCACCUCCUUCCACUGCUAGAAGAUUCACCAAGGGUGUGCAUUUGGGAAGCCCCUUAGCAGCCCCUUGCUGGAGCUGGCAGAACCCAUACAUCUCCAUAUACCCCACCUGCUGGCUCUCCCACUGAUGCGGCCUCAGCAGGUACACAGGCUUCUGCUACUUUGGUCAUACUCUUUCUCCACUCCAGCGCAGGGCAUUGUAACUAGCAUUUCCCCCAUGUGAAUUUACUUAGUUUUUCUACCCAGGGUCACUGCCCCUAAAAAUACUAAAAUUCUCUAAUUUCUCUAUAAGAAACAUGACCUCCUUCUAGUUGUUCCUCUAAGAUCUUGACAGCUCCUCCUGGCUGGUUCCUCCCGGGCUCUGCUUGGGACUCUCAGUUCAUUAAAAUGCGAUCCGCAGGCCUCCCAGUAUGCUUGUCUCAGGAGAACCAUUUAUCAGGAUAAAGGACUCUUGCUGCCGUGUGGGUCUUACUCAACACCAUUUGUACCUAGAGAUAGGAGGUGCUGAGACACCUCCUUUGUUUAAGGCUUUCCCAAAUUCUUUUGUUUACAGUUGCAGGCCUCUUAAAUACUGUAUGGCAGAAUGCAGUCUGUCAUUACAAGCUGUGUCACCUUGGGCAGAUUUCUUAACUCCUGAGCUUCAUUUCCUCUUCUGUACAAUGUGGACGAUCCCUACCUCACAGGGCUGCUAUGAACGCUGAAAGAGAAAGUGUGAGAAAAUACUUACCAAAAGUCUGGAACAUAGCAAGUGUUCAAUAAACUGAUUUUUCUCUGCA